AUGGCUGCAGAGAUGGAGAGCCAGAGCCAGGGCUCUUCUAAUGAGGACUGCCUCAUCGCGGGCCUCUGCGAGUCUACAAGAGGCUGUAUGGAGAACCGGCGCGGUCAGCACACUCCACAACCCAACGGCCAGCCGCGAGAGGCCUCGUCUGGAGCCCAGUCACCCGGGCGUCAGUCUCCACUGCUCUCCGGGGCCACCUCCCUCAUCUCCCUCACACAGACAGAGGAGCUAUUUGACCUGAUAGCCAGCUCACAGAGCCGCAGGCUGGACGACCAGCGGGCCAGUAUAGGAGAUCGACUGGGCAUCACGAUAACCCAGAACAAUGUCGGCCAUCUCUGUGAAGCCUGCAAUCCACAGGAGCCUAGCGAUGAAUUCUUCAAUAUGCUUAUAAAGUAUCAGUCCUCCAGGAUUAAUGACCAGAGGUGCUCCCUGCCUCCAGCUCCGGAUCCGGAUGAAGACUUUUUCAGCCUCAUUCAGAGAGUGCAGGCUAAACGUAUGGAUGAACAGCGAGUCUCAUUUCAUCCGGAUGAGAAGGAUGACACAGACUCUGAGCCCAAGUCCAAGCCUUCUGAAGAAGACUCCAGUUAGAGACUGCUGCUGCACUUCACUGCUCUCAUUAAGCACUGACUCUGACAACAUCCUGGAGCAUUUCUCAGAGCGAAAUAUUGCGGUCGUUGGUGGAAUUGGUUGACCUCUUUAUCUGGCUCAGCUUUGUGGCAUAAAGUUUAGACCAUUCUUUCCCAACUGUGGUCCUCUGGUGCUCCUGCACAGCAUAUUUUGACUCCACCUCAUGUAGGCUUGGGUGAUUUGAUGAUAUCAUCAUCACAAGGCCACAGUGGAAUUAUUUUGUGGCAAUUUGAAACA